AUGCCUGCCCUUACAGGGCUAUUCAAGGGAAUUAAUUAUAAUUUAUUCCUUUCAAGCAAUUCCUUUAGUUAUAAUAAUUAUAGAAUUCAUCACAUGCAGAUUUUUACUUUAGAAUAUUUGAUUCCAACCAGUCUCCACUAUCAUCAAGUAGUGACUAUGGGAAAAUUAGAGUUAUGAAAUAUUACUACUGGCUGCAUCUUUUUCAGGCAGCAAAGAGAGCUCAUGGAGUUGUGUUUCUACUGCAAAUUGUGCUUGAAAACAUCUAUUAAAAAUUUCCUUUUUUGAAUUUAUAAAUUUCAUGAAGAUGGCUAUAGUGACAAUGGAAAAAUUCGAGUUAUGAAAAUCAUUACUGGCUGUAUCUUUUUCAGGCAGAAAAGAGAUUUUAUUGAGUUGUGCUAA